UCCAAGAUGGCGGCCAGAAGUAAAUACGCGAACCUCCCAGGAAUUGAUAAUCAGCCCGAUGUAUUCGAGACUCCAGACGUGGAGAAAAAUACAGACCAGAMUGAACAAGAAGCGAUGGAAGAUGUGGAUGAAAAUGUGGAAAUUUUAAACAUUGAUUCCAAGAAGGCUUUUGCUAACUUUAAUGGUAGAUAUUUAGAUUCCACUGCAUCAGAUUUUUCAGAUAACAUUGGCAUAAAACAGAGGAAAGGCUACCGAACUAAAACUGAAUAUGAAAUAUUGGGAGAGAAUAAAGAAAAGGAAACACCUGAACAGAAGUUCCAGAGAUUACAGCAUGAGAUGAGGGAACUGGCUGAAGAACUAGAACAAAUCAAGGGUGCCAUGACAGAUGAGAAACAAGAAAUGAAGCUUUCCCCUGUUGCCCUAGCACAAGAGGUUAAAGUACUUCAAGAGCAGCUGCAAGAUCUCCAACUAGAGAAAGUUCUUGGAGAAAAGGUGUUGACUGGUUCUUCUACACCCCAGACUGGCUUGUCACAGAGAUUAAAGACCCAGCUUGAGUCAUUUAAGGCACAAGAAGGAGAAUCAAAAACUAAAAAAGAUAAAGGGGAUUCUGUUACUUAUGAGCUGUAUUAUAAGCCUGAACAUGCUAAAUUCAACCAACUUUCCAAGAUGAGUGACCUUGAGAACAGAGUCCAAACCCUAGAGAAAGUACUUGGAGAUGAUCCCAAUGUAGUGUCAUCUAUAACAGACGAUCUUGAAAUCAAGGAGAAAAGCAUACUGGCAGCAGUUUCAGCAAUCCAGUCUAAAGUUGCUCUUUUAGACCCCAACCAUGUUGAACAUAUUGAUGCUCGACUUCAGGGCAUCCUCCAUCAUGUUAGCCAGAUCUCCGAGAAGAAGGAUAAAGUAGAAAAUGCUGCAAAGCAGUCAAAAAUUGCUGAGUUAUAUGAUCUUCUGAGCAAGUGGGACUGUGUAGUUGAUGUCGUUCCAGAUGUGAUAAAGCGCCUCCACUCUUUAAAGUCUCUCCAUGAACAAGCUAGUCAUUUUGGUCAGACCUUAGUUCAGUUAGACAAAGCUCAACAUGAAGUCACAAAUCAGUUAAAGAGUCAGGAAACAUUGCUAAAAGAGGUUGAGUCGAGUUUUUCAUCCAACAUGUCUGCCAUUGAGGAAAAUUGUGCAAAGGUCGAAGCAAGAAUAAAUGCAUUGCAAGCUAAGAUCAAUAAAAGAUAAAAAGAUACCCAACCUUACAGAAGGCUUUCUCCAGAUCAACUAAAUAUUUGUUUUUUUGUUAGGAAGAUUUGCAAGGUAAGACAAAUCAGACAGACAGACAGACGACAUAGCAAAAAUGGACAGACAGACAACAUUUAUGACCAAGACUAAAACUAAUGGGUGUUACCUUAUAUCUAUAAAUUAUUAAUGAAUAGAUAUAGUAUAUAUUGCUUAGAACAUAACCACUUUAUAGAGUUCUUACAUAUAAGAGAUGUCAGAAGCAUCAUGUGACCUUGUCACGUGAUUCAGAAGUGGCAUGUUAUUGGUUAGCUGGAUGGGUUCCUUCUAUUUUCGAUCAAACUGAAAGCGUAUUUAAAAUAAUGAUUAAUCGUUUCAAUGACAACCAGAUUUCGUUGCCAUAGAAACGUCCCGUUGCYAUGAUACAAUGGGUGUUAUCUAUUGAAAAUAUUAAUAUUAUUAUUAAUAUUAAGUUUUACUAGGCUCUUGACCAUGAAUCGGAACACUGCAUGUUUAACCUACACGGUUACUCUCUAGCCUAAGUAGCAGCCCUUUGGGGAGGGGGAGGGGGACUCCUCAGGUUUCCUGUUGCUGCCCCCUUAAAUUUAGGAACUGAUUUUAAUAAGUUAAAAACCUUACCAUAGGAUUCUAGUGUUGCCUAAACCGAAAACUACAAUACUCAUUAUGGGGUUAAAGGGAACGUUUUUCACUCUUUCCCCCCAGUAUUAAUCUCAAUCAAACGACAUUUGAUGGGAUUCAGUUACGAUUUACCUGUGAAGAAUUUGAAGAUAAUAUUACGUAUUGUARUAAUGGUUAUUUAUGUCUAUAGUGAAAUACAGAUUCUCGGGUUAGGCUCAUUAUGAGGUUUAAAUAAAGCAUMCAGGUUGGAUUCUCAAAUUCA